UCAGAAAAAAACACUAGAAAAAAAAAAAAAAGCGGCGCAGUUUUUACUUUACUGACCAAAAAAGAUGGCGCCGAAUUAAAAACAAAAAUAGAUGGCGCCAAUUUUGAAACAAGUAAACCCUAAUUUUCUUCCCCAACAUUCCCGAUCCGUUCAAAGUCGAAGCCACGAAUUGAAUUACGCAAGUUUUCAAAUUGAAGACAAGAUCAUUCCUUCUUCUUCAUGUCCUAGUAAAUUAUAUACUUUCUACCUAUUAGCGAUUUCGGAAAAUUCAGAUAAAAUAUUACCGAAUUAUACUCCACAUCAUCAAAUCCUAGUGAACCACACCACAACCGGUAGAAGGGAAGAGAUUUCACUUUCGUUUCAGCUCUGAAUGCUUCAGAAUUUGUCACUAUUUGAGAGUGCCCUUUCGAUGAGUUAAAAGAAAGCGUAAGAGCAACAAGCUAGAGGAUAGGAUGGCAAGUUACUAUGAUAUUGAUGAUAUUUUGGUGGAGGAAGAGAUUGUGUCUGUUAUAUUUCAGAAGGCAGCAUCUGGAGUGGGAAUAGAUCCCAGUUCUGAGACAGACUUCAUUGAAGCGGGUUCAAAAGUUGAACUGCCUUUUUGGCUUGCUCAUGAGUUACAGUUGAGACAAGCAGUAUCUGUCAAUGUUCCCCCUUGUUUCAAUCAAAAAACAAGACUAGAGAUCCAAGCUGAUUGUGCAUGUGUGGAUCUGAGGUCCAGAUGUCCUUACUUUUAUGAAUUUGGUUGCAAGAUAGCACCCAUAGUUGGCGAUAGGACCAUCGGAUUUCUGUUGUUGUCUGCAUUUAAGAAUAGGUACAAGGAGGUCCUCACGAAGGCACACACUGCAACAAUUGCCGUUGGAUCCAAAUUUUGGACUAUUCUAACAAAAGAAGAGAUCAAUUUAUAUGAGACAGCUCAAUCCGCAAUGGCAUCCUUCAAGAAGUGGCGAAUGGGGGGGGCCAGAUUUCAGAUAGCUUCUAUUCUUGGAAGAAAGAGAAAACCAACUGAAUAGUUGCUUUCUAAUUUAUUAGAAAUCUGUUUAAGUCGUGUUAGACUGCAAAUUGCAAGAUGUUAAGAAUGGACUAAAAUAUCAAGUUACUGACGUUAACCUUGUACACUUAAUACAAUAUAUGUGUUGCAUUGCAAUCUUAAAUAAUUGCUUUAAGAUUAUGAAUACGAGGAAUUUGACCUCUUAAGAGCCCAGAUACAAGUUUUCUUGACAAUUGAUCUUUGUGUGGGCAUUGGGUUUGUUGUGUAAUGUAACACUAAAGCCAGAUAAAUAAAACAAGUUCUGGCAGUUGAUUUUUCCAAAUUACGCUAAUUUUGUGUUUUA